UUUCCGUAUCCUUAGUAUCAAUCGUCUCAGCUCUCUCCUCCGCCGGAUCACAUCAAGCAACCUGCUAAGAGCUCGCCGCCACUCGAAAUCAUGUUGGUUUAUCAGGAUUUGCUCACAGGUGACGAGCUUCUCUCAGACUCCUUUCCCUACAAGGAACUUGAGAAUGGGGUACUCUGGGAAGUUGAAGGAAAGUGGGUUGUUCAGGGUGCUGUUGAUGUAGAUAUUGGUGCAAAUCCUUCUGCAGAAGGAUGUGAAGACGAUGAGGGUGUUGAUGACCAAGCUGUCAAAGUGGUUGACAUUGUUGACACGUUCAGACUCCAGGAACAACCUCCUUUUGAUAAGAAGACAUUCGUUGCAUACAUCAAGAAGUACAUCAAGUUGUUGACACCCAAGUUAGAUGCUGAGAAGCAGGAGGUCUUUAAGAAGAACAUUGAAGGAGCUACAAAGUUCCUUCUCUCAAAGCUGGGUGACCUCCAAUUUUUCGUGGGGGAGGGCAUGGGUGAUGACAGCACCCUGGUUUUUGCUUACUACAAGGAUGGUGCCACCGACCCAACAUUCUUAUACUUCGCCCAUGGUCUCAAGGAGGUCAAGUGCUAGAAGAUUGAACUAGGUGUCUCAAUGAGCUUUGGUGGUGUUUUUUUGUAGUUGUAUUACUUAAAAUACUUAGUUUCGGUUUUCGUGCAUUGAUACUCUUCAAGUGAUUUGCCAAUUGUGUUGUUACUGGAUUUUAUACCUACAAAGAAUGUUUAUUUGUGGCUUAAA